AUUCACCUCAAUUGCAUGCUUCGCAUCUGCGAGGUUGCUAUGACGCAGACAGGAUUUACAGUGUACGAUUCGGCGGCUGAAACGUAGCCAUUUGCUGCAGCACAUCAGACUCUUUUCCCUCUUGAUGACGGACGGCCAUCAUGGAUGACGAAGACUCCGUCGGAGCAAACAAAUGCCCCGUUUGUGGCAGUGAUCCACGUACACACCCGGGACUUCGUUUCAAAAUCAACACCAAAUGCUAUCAUCGGAUAUGUGAAGGUUGUGUAGACCGAAAUUUCUCUAGCGGCAAAGCAGAGUGUCCAGUUGCAGGGUGCCACGUCAAUCUUUGGAAGCGAGAAUGGCGAACACAGACUUUCGAAGAUCUCAAAAUCGAGCGUGAGGUCGAAAUUCGGAAAAGAGUGGGCAAGACACUCGACCGUCGGGAAGAGGAAUUCGAAACGAAACGAGACUACGAUGAUUAUCUUGAAUUGAAAGAAGAGCUCAUCAUGAACUUGGUCUUCAACACAGAUGUUCAAGCCACGAGACGCAAGCUGAGAGACUAUGCAGUGGCAAAUGGUAUCAAGACCGAUACAAACGACUCCACCAGCGAACCGACCGCAAAGCCGGUCAAGUGGAAAGAGGUGGCUGCAGAUGCCGCAGACCCAAGCGGUCUCAUCAAAGGCUUGAAGAAGAUUGUCGUUCCGAAGGCCAAAGCACCCUACGACCCCUUCAUGGGGAUGGCACGGACGAGAGACUAUUACGAAGUCAAAGAGAGCUAUGUUGCUCGUGCUAGGGGCAAACCAGCAGAUGCUAUGUCUGCGGCAGGUUAUGACUUUCAUCAGUAUGUGGAUGAGUGUCUUCUACGGGCCUUUGCUGGUUUUGGCGUAUUCAUAGAGGACGAGAUGGGUGCGAAAGGCGCCCCAGUAUCAGUGUAACAUUGGAUUUUCCGCAGCUGCAGGGUUCUAAGGCCAAUUCGGCUAUACAGAGUUGCCGUACUUUAU